ACGAAGUGUAGAACGAUCAUACACAUUUCAUUUGCCAGUUUUACUUUAUAAAAAACUUCCUUAUUCUUUGCAUUAAGACCCGACUUAAUGAUUAAGACCCUACUUUAUGGAUUGAUUAAGGAUGUUAACAUUAGUUGGAGUACUUGUAUGGUUAACAGGUUUCAGUUACGGAGUUACCGUAUUAGAAGGGGAGAAUAUUACGAUUCGAUGCGGUAUUAGAAGUGCGAGUUAUCCCCAGUGGGACGGUCCACCAGAUCAUACUACAUAUGCACAGCAAGGAUUCCCAAGAUUUAACCCAAAUUUACCACCUGACAAACUUCAGCGUAUGGCUUGGUCAGAUAAUACUAUCGAUUUGAUGCUUACACCAGUAAAGCGACUUGAUGUAGGCAAUUACACGUGCGCUGUGGGUGGAACAGGUGGCGGAACAAGCACGUUUACUUUAGCAGUUCGUGUAAAACCAUCAUGGCCUCGUAUACUGAACGCCGACUCAGGCAACAUCAUACGUUUCGAACCUGACAAACCUAUUAACAUUUCAUGCUUCUCUGAAGGGGGCUAUCCACAGCAGACAGUAACCUGGUUUCGCUUAGGCACAAACAGCACCAUCCUUGAGCCAGGCCCAAACGUUGUCAGGGAAUUUGAUGGAUUAUUUACCGUAAUAAGCAAUCUGCCUUUCACGCCUAUCAGGGCGGACAAUGGAGCAAUUUUCAUAUGCCAGUCAUCGUUUCCGGACCCUCCACAAUUGCUGAUGUCAACAAAUGUCAGUUUGAUGUUCACAUAUCCACCGGACGUAUCUGUGCUGACAAGGAAUAUUUCAACGUUUAAUAAGACAUUGACGCUUGCAUGCGAUGCUUCUGGUUCCCCUGCUUCUUAUUCGUUCAGACCCUCGUGGAUCCAAGAAUGGCCUGGGUACGGCUAUGUGAAAGAGUGGAUUAGCGAUGGGAAUGUGUUAAAGCUUGACCAUGUAACUUAUGAAAACACCGGUAUGUACACUUGUUCCGCUAGCAACGGGAUCAGUCUUCCCAACUCAGAUAAACACUGGAUGCAAGGUUCUGGUUUCGUGUUUGUGAGAGCCGAACCUGUCAUAAUUGCACCUUCAGUACAAGAUGGAGAUUCCUUGACUGUUAUUGGAAUAUUAGGAUCUUUUGUCACAUUAUAUCUCGAAAUAUAUUCAAAUGACGGACAGCCAUUUAUUUCAAUCUUAAAAAUAGUAACUACAGCUACCGUUCAAACACCAAUGGUAAAAAUCCAAAUGACUUCUACAACUGUGCAACUUCCGGUGUACAACCAUAUCGUGUCUACCCAGGGGUUUAAGGCCAAUGUGUCGGUCUAUUUAGAUAAUCCUUCGGAGGCGUUUGGUGUUUACAAUAUAACGGUACGAAACGAUAUUGGCGUCAGCAGUAUUCAAUUUAACAUACAUGAAUAUCAAGAUGGCACUGCAGAAAAUGUCUCCCGAACAGGACAAAGCAAAAUACACACAGGACCAAUAGCCGGAGGAACGAUUGGUGGAUUCCUGUUUGGGAUAGCUAUCGGUGCUGCUGUCGUAUUCCUGAUAAUGAAGCGAAGAAAACAGACUUACACUGAUACAGAGCAAUCGUAUCAACAGGCAGUAACAAGCUCCGAAGCUCAGCUGCCUAAUAUGUACGAUCAGCUAAACCAAGGAAAUCGUGCUACCGGAUUAGAAUACGAGAUGAUUUAAGGCAUCCAUUUCCUUUACUUCUAGAAUAUAACCUUUAAGCUCAACACUUUAUUUACGGCAUGGGAUUCACGUAUUAGCAUAAUGAUGGAACAUUAGAAUUAAGCAAACUUAAUGUUUGUAGAUUCCCCGAUUCAUGAUUUAAUGUAAAAAGGCGCUCUGUAUUUCAAAUAAUUAAACGUAUCAGCUUCAAAAUGGACAGUUUCUAUACAAAAUAAGUGUUAUAUUUAAUGAUACAUGAAAAUUAGUGUAUACAUAUUUAAAUGUUUUUGUAUAUAAAUAAACAUUUUAUUUCGAAUGCGCUUCGUUCAGAAGAAAGCCAUAAAUUAAAAGAACCGCAAACUUGAUAAUUAUUAUGUUAAUUUCAUAGACCUGUUAUAGUUAAGGGUGUGCAUUCUUAAUCGUUUGCAUUCAAAACCUUAUCACAGAAGUAUUAAUAUCUCCGCGAUCCAUUCUUUAUACAAAUCAUAUUUUGAUAUAUUGUUUGUAUUUAAAUGAGCAAGCGCUCAUCAAAGAAUUACCUAUUGCGCUCAUAACGUAACCAAAAUUGAAUUUCUUCCCUAAAUUUUUUUGUUUACAUUUGUGAAUUGCAUCGUUUCUGUAUAAACAUUUCGUAAGUCAAUACACAUUUUAUAAUAAUCACUUUAAUUAUAUUAUUAUUAAUCAACAGAUCAGAUGUUUAACUUGCAUUCAAUAGAUUCUUCUAAACAACAUGCAUUUUAGGGGAAGUAAGUCUACAAUAUUCAUUAUAAACUAAUAAGACAUAAUAUAAAAUACAUAGUCAGAAAUAUAACGAAAUUAACAUAUGUAUAUACAUAUAAAUGAAACAUUAAAAUUCAUAAAAUUAUGCUAAAUACAAACAUAAACAAAGUGAAACUCCAAUGUAUCAACAUGACAUAAAUCGUCUUAAACAUUUCGAAGUCCUUUAUUUAUGGCAAGCGACCUAUUGCCCAAUAGUUAGACGUGAGAUAAAAUCCCAAAUGCAAACAACAAACAACGAUGAGUACAACUGGGACGCCGCCUUGGAGCUGUUAUUGCAAAGCAUAGCAUUGGUUGUUUGAAACGGCUUUACGUCGCCAUCUCAAACGUGGUCCAGAUUUAAUGAAAACAUCUGUGUUAAUGAAAAUUAAUCUCAUAUCGUCUCAAUUCAAAUGAAACAGCGAUACUAGAUACUACAUUAACUUAAAUUACCACUUAACUUCUGAAUGGUUGUUUGUAAACCAGAACAACAAAUAGGUAAAUUUCUAAGGCACGAUGAAAUUAAACAAAAACAAGUAUCAAAAACAUUUCGUCGAAAAUGUAUGUCUUUAAAGACACAACAUAAUAUAGUUCAAUUUUCAGAUCAUCGUCAUGUACUGCCAAGUGGAAGUCGUAACGUUGGUUGUAAAAAGCCAGAUUGAAUAGCCAUGCUUCUUAGGUUUUUAUAUAACGUAAUGGAAAAAUAUAUUUAUUUUUUUCUAAAAUAGUAUAUAUUUGUUUAUACUAUUAAAAAGUUCUACAUUCGUAAAAUAAAACAUGUUCAAUACUUACAAGUAUUUAUUAAAAUAAUGAACAACA